AUGUCUAGCUUUGGAGAUCCUGAUGUCUUGGUGGAGAUGGGCAAGAAGUGCAAGAACUUCUCUCAACUAAAGGUCAUGGGUUCCAUUGAUAUGAGAUUUGAUUCAAAGAUUGCAGGUGCUAGAAAACUCAAGGUUUUAAGCCUGCGGUGCUGUGUAGUGACAAAGGAAGCUCUGCUGUUAAUCUUAUAUGACAUGGCACAUCUUGAGGUGCUGAACAUUGCGCACUGCCUAAUCAUAGAUGGACCUGAACCUCAAGUUUCAGCACGUCCACCCGCACAGAUUAUCAAAAAGCUAGACCAGAUGAUCCUUGAGAAGGCUUCACGGUUGCGAGCUUUCUUUCACAGCAAGGACUAUGAUACAUGCAUUGCAUGCAAAUGGGUGAUCGAUGAUGUUGGCAUCAUGAGAUGGUACUGGUACAAGGACUGGUUCUGGAGGCAAGAUGAGGUGAGUGUUCUUGAUUUGGGGUAUCAUGGAAACUUGUUUGAUGAACAUUGUGCCAGCAAAGGAUUUGAAGUAUAA